AUGUGUCGAGUGAAAGGGAAGACACUUUUUCGCUUUGCGCUACUCACGGUACCACAUACUGCGCUGGAAAAACAAAAACGGCGGCCAUUUACACUAAACUACUGCCAUUCUUGCAUUCGCACACUGAACCAGCGACCAUCACGGUCGCAACCAAAUGUCCCGCCAAUUCAACGCCCUACACUGCUAUCUUCAUAUCAAGAACCCACAACGCAGGCGAAAACUGCAACAUGCCCUCCACGUAACAUACGGUUCGACCACUCAGCGAGUGCAAACAAAAAGUGCGAGGCGGGGCAGCAAAGCCAGUGCACCCGAAGUUUUCAUAGCCUCCAAGGAGCAACCAGCGUGAAUGGUAACGAAGGACGGCACACCGUUUGGUCACACCAUGACACUAGCCACAACAGCGAAAUCCAACCGCAAAAGCCCCCAAAAAAGAACAAAGACUUUGCAACCAGUUGGGCAAAUUGCUCGGUGUAA